UCUCGGCCGGGUUGGUGUGUCUUCCUUCCGGCUUGCCGAAGAAAGUUGAGGGAGGUUCAGCGGCAACUGGGCUUUUACACAAUGGACAGCCAGGGAAGGAAAGUGGUGGUCUGUGACAAUGGAACCGGGUUUGUCAAGUGCGGCUAUGCAGGCUCCAACUUCCCAGAGCACAUCUUCCCUGCGCUUGUUGGGAGGCCCAUCAUUCGCUCGACUGCCAAAGUCGGAAACAUUGAGAUCAAGGACCUGAUGGUGGGUGACGAGGCCAGCGAGCUGCGCUCCAUGCUGGAAGUCAACUACCCCAUGGAGAACGGCAUCGUCAGGAACUGGGAUGACAUGAAGCACCUGUGGGACUACACCUUCGGCCCAGAGAAGCUCAACAUUGACUCCCGCAACUGCAAGAUUCUGCUGACCGAGCCGCCCAUGAACCCCACCAAGAACCGCGAAAAAAUCAUUGAGGUGAUGUUUGAGACCUACCAGUUCGCAGGAGUCUACAUUGCUAUUCAGGCUGUGCUGACACUGUACGCCCAAGGCCUUCUGACCGGUGUGGUGGUGGACUCGGGCGACGGUGUGACACACAUCUGCCCAGUUUAUGAGGGCUUCAGCCUGCCCCACCUGACAAGACGCCUGGACAUUGCAGGCAGGGACAUCACCCGCUACCUCAUCAAGUUGUUGUUGUUGAGGGGCUAUGCCUUCAACCACUCUGCAGACUUCGAGACGGUGCGCAUGAUGAAGGAGAAGUUGUGCUAUGUGGGCUACAACAUCGAGCAGGAGCAGAAGCUGGCGCUGGAGACCACCGUGCUGGUGGAAUCAUACACGCUGCCAGAUGGUCGUGUGAUCAAGGUGGGAGGAGAGCGGUUUGAGGCCCCGGAGGCUCUGUUCCAGCCCCACCUCAUCAACGUGGAGGGCGUCGGAGUGGCCGAGCUCCUCUUCAACACCAUCCAGGCAGCCGAUAUAGACACCAGGCCUGAGUUCUACAAACACAUCGUGUUAUCAGGAGGAUCCACCAUGUACCCGGGCCUGCCUUCUCGCCUGGAGAGGGAACUCAAGCAGCUGUACCUGGAGCGUGUGCUCAAGGGAGACGUGGACAAGCUUUCGAAAUUUAAGAUCCGGAUCGAGGAUCCUCCCAGGCGAAAGCACAUGGUGUUCCUGGGCGGAGCCGUGCUGGCCGACAUCAUGAAGGACAAGGACAACUUCUGGCUGACCCGGGAGGAGUAUCAGGAGAAAGGAGUCCGCGUGCUGGAAAAACUCGGAGUCACCGUCAGAUAAAGCACUGGACGGACAGACACGUACACACGUACACACACACACACACACACACACACACACUCACACAGCAUACACACAUUUCCCCCUCGCCCACAUUGCAGAGUAUAUAUCUAUUUAUCCCUCCUCCUCUCUCUUUCGGUUCUUGACACUCCUCAAACAUCAGAGGAAAUCGAGCCGUCACCUCCCUGCUCUCCUCCUCUGUCUCCUCCUCUGUCUCCUCCUCUGUCUCCUCUCUCCUCUCUCCUCUCCUGGUUUGGGAUUGGCUCACUCUUCUCCUUGCAAGCCCCGAGCACCAAUUCCAUCUUUUGCAGAUUUACACUGAAACCUCUCCUUUACCUAAACAACAAAUUUAAAGGGUUAAUAUUGCCUUGCUGGUGUAUUUUGGAGUCUGAUUUUCUGCUGGAGAAGGUUAAAACCAGAGCGGUGAAUGUUAACUCUGCACGGUUACCUGCAAAUAGGUUUGUUGUGAAUUAAAUUCGGCAGGUGAACGCUGCAGCGAGCGUUUCAGACGGUUUCCUCCAGAGAGGAUACAUCGAUGCAAAGUUUCUCAGCAGCUCGUAAGCGUCUGUUAUAUCACAAUCAGGGUCCACCUCAAACAGCCACGGGCCGCUUUCAGCAUCUGUUCCAGGUGAGCGAGGACUGAUCACAUUUUUAUGUCGGUUUUUAUAAACGAUAUCAUGACUUUUCUUUUGUGGGAGAGGGAUUACUUUUUGUUUUGCUUUUCCUUUUUUUGUGGGAUGUAUGAGUUCAAUUUGUAUCUUUUAAUUUUUGUUUUUCCAUUGACUUUUUCUUUCGUUGCUGUGCACUACUACCAUUGUAAAUGGAGUGUAUUGUGGUAACAGAAGUUCCUCCAUGUUUUUAUGAAGAAUUGAUGGUUGAUUUAUAAAAGGGACAAAUACACAAAGGACAGCCCCUGAGCUCGACAUCGGGUGUAUGACGGUACUUUGGGGUUUGUGGGUGGUGAGACGACAACAAUGAUGAUGAUGGAGUGUGUGUGUGUGAGAGUGUGUGUGUGUAUGGGGGGGGGGUGAUACUAUUUGUUCCUCAUCAGUCAGCCUCGCCUCUGCCUCCUCUCUCGGUGUAAAUCUCAAGCUGAAUGAAUGGCUGUGAUCAGUUGUAGCAAUAUUAACGACGCCACAGCGCCUCACCUGUCGUAUUCCUUCAGGUCCACCAAAGCAGGGGGGCAGUCGCAGGUCAGCGAUGAGACGGAUUUGAAUCAGGGCGCAGAGCAACUCAAAACUGGGAAAAUAAAACGGUAUUUUGUGGAUGCUGAAAUGCUGUUGAGACCAUCUUUACGUUCUCCAGCCUUUCGCUCCCAACGGUCGACUUAAUGAUUACUGGAGGCACUUCUAUUUUGAGUAUGAUAAAUGUGUUUUUUUUUUCCUCUUUCCAUGAACGUCUAUCCAGUGCCAAGUGCAGUUAAUGUUAACUGGAUCUCUCAUGUUUUAAUGUCUUUCUUUUUGUCACUGUUUUUGUUUUUAUUUUCCUGUGUUGUUCAUAGCAUAACUGCCUAACGCUGAUUUAAAUAAAGAAAAGUGAUUUAUAAGGA